UUUUCCCCGCCUCCUCCGCGGAAACCGAGCGCCAAACUCAAACUUUAACAGGACCCGGACGUCUUUUAGGCUAGUGCUGCGGGCCGCACUUGGAGUUUCCCGCACACCUGCCGGGGAAGCGGUUCAGCAUGAGCCAGGUUCUCUUCCAGCACCUCGUCCCGUUGCAAGUGAAAUGCAAAGACUGCGAGGAGAGGAGAGUGAGUAUUAGACUGAGCAUUGAACUACAAUCAAUUUCUAAUCCAGUUCACAGAAAGGAUUUAGUUAUCCGUCUGACUGAUGAUACUGAUCCAUUUUUUCUGUAUAACCUUGUUAUAUCAGAGGAAGAUUUUCAGAGUUUAAAAUUCCAGCAAGGUCUUCUGAUAGACUUCUCAGCUUUCCCACAAAAAUUCAUAGAUCUCCUUCAGCAGUGUACUCAAGAACAUGCCAAAGAAAUUCCAAGGUUUUUGCUACAGUUAGUUUCUCCAGAAGCUAUUUUGGAUAACUCACCUGCUUUUUUAAAUGUGGUAGAGACAAAUCCUUUUAAGCAUCUUACACACCUUUCAUUAAAACUGUUACCUGGAAAUGAUGUGGAAAUAAAGAAGUUUCUAGCAGACUGUUUGAAAUGUAGCAAGGAAGAAAAAUUAUCAUUGACACAAUCACUAGAUGAUGUUACCAGGCAACUGAAUUUCACACAAAAGACAUUAUCAGAAAAAAUCCAAGAAUUAGAUAAGUUACGGAAUGAAUGGGCAUCACACACAGCAACAUUGUCAAAUAAGCAUUCUCAAGAACUGACAAAUGAGAAGGAAAAAGCUUUGCAGGCACAGGUUCGAUACCAACAGCAGCAUGAACAACAGAAAAAAGAUUUAGAAAUCCUCCAUCAACGAAAUGUCCAGCAGCUACAAAACAGAUUGUCUGAGUUAGAAUCUGCUAAUAAAGACCUCACUGAAAGGAAAUAUAAAGGAGACUCUACCAUCAGAGAACUUAAAACAAAACUGUCUGGUGUUGAAGAGGAGCUCCAGCGGGCUAAGCAAGAAGUCCUCUCUUUGCGAAGAGAGAAUUCUACACUUGAUGCUGAGUGCCAUGAAAAAGAAAAGCAUAUUAAUCAUCUACAAACAAAAGUGGCUGUUUUAGAACAGGAAAUCAAGGAUAAGGAUCAGCUUGUUUUAAGAACAAAAGAAGCAUUUGAUACAAUCCAGGAACAAAAGGUGGCUUUAGAAGAAAAUGGUGAGAAAAAUCAGGUACAACUAGGAAAACUUGAAGCUACAAUAAAAUCAUUAUCAGCUGAACUUCUUAAGGCAAAUGAAAUUAUCAAAAAGUUGCAAGGGGAUCUGAAGACCUUAAUGGGUAAAUUGAAACUAAAGAAUACAGUAACUAUUCAGCAAGAGAAACUCUUGGCUGAGAAGGAAGAAAAAUUACAAAAGGAACAAAAAGAAUUACAAGAUGUUGUACAGUCUCUCCGAAUUAAAGAGCAAGAGGUAUGCAAAUUACAAGAACAAUUAGAAGCUACAGUUCAAAAACUUGAAGAAAGCAAACAACUUCUAAAAAAUAAUGAGAAGUUAAUCACAUGGUUAAAUAAAGAAUUAAAUGAAAAUCAGCUAGUGAGAAAGCAAGAUGUAUUGGGACCUUCAACCACUCCACCUGUACAUUCUAGUAGCAACACCAUCAGAAGUGGAAUUUCUCCUAACUCUAAUGUGGUUCUACGUGGUGUUCAGUCUUCCUUGUUGCAAAGAGUUGAUAGUAGACUGACUUACCCAACUUGUGGGAUUGGUUAUCCUGUCUCCUCUGCAUUUGCAUUCCAGAAUACCUUUCCUCAUCCUAUAGCUGCCAAAAAUAGCAUCCACCCAGUUUCAGGACCAAAGGUGCAGUUUAACUUGCAGUUUCCAAAACCAAGUACAUCACUAGGAGAUGUUCAAUCAGGAACAACUGUUAGUAUGCCUUGCUCAACUGAUAAGGAAAAUGCUGAAAAUUUAGGGCUGGAAUCCAAAUAUCUGAAGAAAAGGGAAGACAGCAUUCCUUUACGUGGGCUCAACCAAAAUCUAUUCAAUAAUCCAGAGAUUGCUCAUGCUCAUGUGAUACUUAAAAAAAAUAUUUUCAAGGACCUUAUUACACAGAUGAGGAAGAGAGACAUUUCAGGAUACUGAUGACCUACUAAUGUUAUUGGCUUCCAUGGUAAGACAAAAAAUAUUUGCUAAUUUUUUUAUGAAGCCACAGUAUUGAGUCUUUCCUUAUGAUACUUUUGAAACUGCUGGUAACCACAAGCUGUCUUAAACUAAAAAAUUUAAUAACUGUUAUUAGGUAGUCACUUUUUAUAUAUAUUUUUUUGUCAUUUAGAUAUACUAUAUUAGUAAGAAUACUCAGUUAUAAUAACUUGAAAGCACUAAUAAUCUGGAAAGAAACUUUCUGGCAAUAUUGGAAUCUUUCCUGUAAAUAGUAUGUAAUAUAAAACUUUGUGACAAGGGUUUGGAUAGGAUAAAUGACAUACAGGUAGCUCUUUUUUUUAAAUAUAGAUAUCCUUUUCCAUAUCCACACAUGGAAAACUGGGAGAAUUCCCAAAAGAUAUAGAGAUCAUUUUGAUAUCAAACUUGCUAAAGACUUUUUGGUAUUAAAUAUAUAUACACAGACUUUCGAGUGUGCUAAUUAUUUGAUCUACCUCUUAAACUUUUAUUUGAAAUUGUUUUGCUGUGUGCAGUUGUACAUGUGUUAAUAAUCAAAAUAUUGCAUUUAAUGUAUUUCUGUAAACUGUGAGCUUUGUUAAUAAAGUAUUAAUAUUUUGGGAAUCUGACAUGUAAGCAGUAUGUAAAAACAAACAUAGGACUGACCUAUAACACCUGUGCUUAGAAAAUUAAGUACUUACAGUUAAUUUGUGAACUAAGUUUUCAUUUCUUUGCUUUUGUCUUCCUACAACAGUAUUUUAUUGAGGGAAAUGAAAUGGAUUCAAAGGGAGAAGGUAUAAUGCUUUGAUUUGUUACUGUAAAAAUAUAGUAACAAAGCCAAAACAGCCCUCAUAAGGGAAUCACAGAUCAAGACUUUCUUUAAAAAAAAAUCAUUAAAAUAUUUAAUUUUAUUAACAGAAUAUUUACAUUUCUUUUAAGACCUUAUUUAAACCAUAGUGAAUGUUCCAAGUUUAAAAAGCAUUAAGCAGUAACCACACAUAAGAUGAAAACAGUGUAAACUAUACAAUACUUUAUGUACAAUUUUUUACAAAGUAACACUUUUUUAAAUAAUAUAACUGGACACAAAAAUAUACACUUUAGAGAAAUUCACAUCAGUAAUUGUAUAAAGCUCUCUUCUAGGGUCCUGAAAAUUUAGGACAAACAUUAGCUCUGUAAAUAAAGUGUUACUGUGACAGUCCUGAAAGGCCACUAUAUAUAUUUAUCUACAUAUAGAUAUCACAUUGACAUUUUCAAGGCUACCAGCUUUACUAUAUAAUUUUUAGAUUAUGUAUUCAAGUGUUGAGGUUCUUAUGAUUAUGCAAACAUUAAAAGAAUAGUGGUAUAGUAUAAGUAGCUGGGGAACAAAUGCGAGCCAGCAUUUAGAUUUACAGGCUCCAAACGCCCCAAUUUAAAUUCUAAAUGGCUGAUAUUUUCUCAUUUCAAAAACAGUAGUGAAUAAUGUUUAAAAUAAAAUUACUACAAACAAGCUUGAAACAUGAUUCAGAUUUAAUAUAGUUUUCUUAAGAGUUUUGUUUUUUAAAUGCAAACAGUUCAUUUACCAUUUCUUUACUUUAGUGCAUCUGCAUUAAGGCUUUGAAUUAUUUGACCCAAGAUUUUACAAUAUUAAAAUCUGACUCACGAUUUUACAAUGUUAAAAUGAACAGUUCCACACUAUACUACCUAUUCUGUCUCACUGCGAGUCAGCAUAAAUAGUUAAAGCUCAACACCUGAAGGAAAUGGUAGCAGAGACAUUGCUAGUAUCUAAGAAGUUACAUAUAUAGUUUUAAAUUUUAAUUAAAGGAUGUAUAAUAAAACAAAAAGCUUAAUGGCAAGAAACUGGUGCUAAUAAACAAAAAGGUUUCUUUUCAAAAGAAAUUGUAACAUCUUUGGAAAACUGUCCAGUUCUUUUCUUUAGU